GUACAGGUGUAAGCAUCCACCCAGUACAAAUACACACAUGUUAAAAAAUUGACCACGCAAAAUACAUUGAUGCCUUUAAUUGUUGUCUAAUUCGAGCACACGUAGGAGAAAGAAUGUGAGUGCACUUUCAUAUUAUUUACUUUCCUUGGUUGUGACUCUUGCCCGUUUGCGUACCAGCUACGUAGGCGGUUGACUGACCUACGUGGUAGUCACGCAACGUCAUCUUUGUUAUGUAGGCCUUCUCUGGUUGUGUUGUUGGGCUUGCGGCUAGUUUAGCAUGGUAGCCUGUCUUCAAAUGUGAUUUAAAUAUAUAGCAGACACCGAGGACAGAGAUGGCGGUGUGUGCACUGACCAUGGAUGGGCUAGGAGACGAGGUGACUGCAGCAGGGGGUGUUUUUCUCCUGAUUUUGGCCCUGGUCCUGGCUUGGCUCUCCACACAUGUGGCUGAUCAGGGAGACCACAUCCUGGGCACUAUCCUUACAGUCGGGGCCCAUGCCUCUCUAAUUGGGCUAGGGGGCAAUGACAGUUAUAAUGGAGGGCCUCCCAGUGCUGACAACCCAGAGCAGCAAACCCCUACCCCCACCCAGGAGAACAAGCCAGAGGAAGGUGAACCUGGAUCUGAGAGAGAUGGUGAGGGGAAUGGUGAGGGGACUGCUGGAGCUGGAGUAGAUUUACUGUUGAACAUACAGGGGAAGAAACCUCAUAGAUACCAGCCUGAUGAUGAGGAUGAUGAUGAUGAUGAAGAAGAAGAGGAUGACUAUGAGGAGGAAGAGAAGGUUCAGGAGCUGAGCACGAAGGUCUCCUGCACCAGCAUCACAGUUCGUUUAAAGUUCCUGAAUGACACUGAGGAGGUAGCUGUCCUCAGGCCCCAGGAUACAGUGGGUCUAUUGAAGAGUAAGUACUUCUCUGGGCGGGAGCGUCAGAUCAAGUUGAUCUACCAGGGCCAGCUGCUUCACGAUCCAAAACGGACUCUGCUCUCCCUUAACAUUUCUCACAACAGUGUAAUCCACUGCCACGUUUCCCAGGUGCUGCAGGAGGCCAGCCCAGAGGAGGCGGCCGGGUCCGGUGGGGGAAUCAGGGCUGCCGGCCUGGCAAUGAGCACCGGCAGCUUGGUGGUACCUGUGUUUGUGGUGAUGUUAGCGGUGGUCUGGUACUUCCGUAUCAACUACCGUCAGUUCUUCACUGCCCCUGCUACCAUCUCCCUGGUGGGAGUCACAGUGUUCUUCAGCUUCCUCAUCUUCGGGAUGCAUAGCCGGUGAAUGGGAGAGGAGGCAUCUGAGGAGGAGAGUGAGGCUAAAUGACGGCUGCAUCCGGCGGGGCCCAGAGAAGGAAUGGGCCAAAGUAAAGAUUCCGUGGGGCCUUUGCCUCAGGCACCACAGUACUGAACUGGAGUCCCGACCAUGGGUGUGCCUGUGUUUUGUGCAUGUACCAGCAAAUAAUGUGAGAUUGAUUGUAUGUGCUGCGAUUCAAGUAAUCUGGAAUGUGUGUUAGUGUAAAGCAGAGAAUCUAGUGAGCUGUAAUUUUGCUUGGCAGAAAAAACUGAGUGAUUGAGUAGGUCCAUCAGCAUCACAGCCAGGACCACAGGCUGCUUGGCCCGCUGAGUCACUGGUAUCAUCUGGCCAAUUUGGCUCCACGUUGUCUAUUCUGUGUUUGCUUGAUCUCAUUAAUUAGGAUAAUGCGUUGAUUUGCGUCAAGACAGCAUUAUCUCUUCGUUUCUCAUAACAACAUAAAGAUUGUUGCUGUUCCAGAAAUGUUUUGUCCUUUUGAUAUAUUUGACAAGUACAUAUCCUCUUUUGCAACAUAAACAAUGUUAUUAUAUUACAAUUUAAGACUUGGAUGUGAAUUAACUAUUGGCUGUAUACUUUAUAAUGGUAGUGUGUUGGCUUUCUUUCCAGUUAUUUGGGAAUGAGCUUUCACCUAAUUGUGGACAGCCCUAUUACUAAGCAAAACAUUUCAUAAGGAUAUUUGUUUGUUGACAUUAUCUUAAUUAGAGAUCAUUUAAACAAUUUAAGGAUUCAUUGAUAUAAAAUAAGCACCAUGUCUUUGAGAAAAAUAUGUAAUAUAAUGUAUAUACUGUAGAUGAAGAAUGAAUCGGGUGAAACAGCAUGUGGCACUUCAGGACUUGUAGGGAGAAUUUCACAUCUCUUUAGGAGUCCUUUUACCACUCAAGUUAGUUUGUUUCACUUCAGGGCUGUGAUUCAGAUUAAAGAACUUCAAACCAA